AUGGCGCUCGCAAGCAAGGCCGCGAACGCUGCGCUGACUGCAGGAGCUGAUUCUCUAUCUUCUCUCUCGCAGCGCACGGCUGCGCCAGCGACAGCUCAGCAGCUCGCAUUCGCGUCGUCCACCACAUUCGGUGCCACGAAAUCCACCCGCGCCAAUGCCACGUCAGCAAACCGCGUGCAGCACCAGUCCAGGACGAACAAGCCUGGAAACAUCCGGUGCAAGGACUACCCGAAGCCGGACUUCGAUUCCGAGCCGCAGAGGGAGGCUCAGCAACUCUCAGCCUCGUUUAAGAACCUUCCGCGGCCCGAGAAGCCGUUGAAGGUCGCUAUCAUUGGCGCCGGAUUGGCCGGGCUGAGCGCGGCGAAGUAUCUGGUGGAUGCGGGCCACAUCCCCACCGUCUACGAGGCGCGUGACGUGCUUGGCGGGAAGGUCGCCGCGUGGCAGGAUGAGGAGGGCGACUGGUACGAGACUGGUCUCCACAUUUUCUUCGGAGCCUACCCGAACAUGAUGGAGCUGUUCAAGGAGCUGGACAUUGAGGACCGGCUGCAGUGGAAGGAGCACUCGAUGAUCUUCGCCAUGCCCGACAAGCCCGGAGAGUUCUCCCGCUUCGACUUCCCCGACAUCCCCGCGCCCGCCAACGGCGUCGUCGCCAUCCUCCGCAACAACGAUAUGCUGACGUGGCCGGAGAAGAUUCUGUUCGGGAUCGGGCUUCUGCCCGCCAUGAUCCAGGGGCAAUCGUACGUGGAGAAGCAGGACGGGCUGUCGAUCUCGGACUGGAUGCGCAAGCAGGGCGUGCCGGAGCGCGUGAACGAGGAGGUGUUUAUCGCCAUGGCCAAGGCGCUCAACUUUAUCGACCCCUGGGAAAUCUCCUCCACCGUCAUCCUCACCGCCAUGAACCGCUUCCUGCAGGAGAGGCACGGGUCGAAGAUGGCGUUCCUGGACGGCCCGCCCACCACGCGCCUGUGCGAGCCCAUGGUGGAGCACAUUACCAAGGGCGGCGGACAGGUGCUGCUGGAGAAGCGGCUGCAGAGCAUUGAGCUGAACGAGGACAAUUCAGUCAAGUGCCUCAAGUUCCAGGGCGGGGAGACCGUCACCGCCGACCUCUACGUCUCCGCCAUGCCCGUUGACCCGCUCAAGCUGCUCCUCCCGCCCGCCUGGAAAGCCGACCCGUUCUUCCAAAAGCUCGACGGGCUGGAGGGCGUGCCAGUCAUCAACGUCCACCUCUGGUUCGACCGGAAGCUCACGACCGUCGAUCACCUGCUCUUCUCGCGAUCCAAGCUGCUGUCGGUCUACGCGGAUAUGUCGGUGACCUGCAAGGGGUAUGCGGAUGAGAACGCGAGCAUGCUGGAGCUGGUGUUUGCGCCGGCGAAGGAGUGGAUUGGGAGGAGUGAUGAGGACAUAGUGCAGGCGACGAUGGUGGAGUUGGAGAGGCUGUUCCCCACGGAGAUCCGUGCGGAUGGCAGCAAGGCGAAGCUGAGGAAGAGCAUUGUGGUGAAGACGCCCCGGUCGGUGUACAAGGCGGUUACUGGCCGCCAGGCGUACCGCCCCGGGCAGACCACUCCGAUCUCGAACUUCUACCUCGCUGGCUGCUUCACCAUGCAGAGGUACCUGGCAUCAAUGGAGGGGGCGGUGCUGUCGGGCAAGCAGUGUGCGGAGCAGAUCGCCACGCGGGGGGCGGGGCGCAAGCCAGCUACAGGCAUUUCGGUGCAGGACUUCCUGCAGAGGCAACCAGAGAUGGCCACUGAACAGCGGUGGUGUGAUGAGUGGUGCGAUGCGGUUGAGAACUCACACUGCUUCCAGCUGUAUCCUGUCUCUCUGGUCAGCGACAAUGCUGCUGCUGCUGCUGCUGCUUCUCCUGCUGCCUGCACGCUCACAAGUCUCUCGUCGACCCUUCCAUCCAACCUCCCGAAUCUAGCUCCCUCCACGUCAUCAUCAGUGCUUCCAGCCACGUCAGCAGCAGCACAGCCUUUACAAGGAUCAGGAGGGGAGGCAGCAGGGGGGAACGGAUUUGCAGGAGCAGGAGGAGGGGGGAGUGGAGAGGUGACAUCAGGGACAACAGCCACGACAGCUACACAGGCGUCUCUGUUCCCCCCUCCUGUGUCAACCACUCAACAACUUGCAUCCUCUUCACCCUCAUCAUUCGCGCCUGUUACAGCAGCUGAUCUCCCCGCAUCUCAACUGCAGUCCAGUACUUUUCCCACUCUCCCCAGCGGCCCCAUUCCCCUCCCUCCGGUCCCUGUGUCUCCCCCCUUCAGCUUCUCCCUACCCUUCCAGUUUUCCACCUCCUCUGAACCACCAGCCUCCUCCACGCCCUCCCCUCCCUUACCCUCUCCCCCAUCCCUCACUCCAACUCUCCCGUUUACCCCCUCUUCCUCCCCUUCUCCUCCCUCUCUGCCAAGCUCCUCCGCUCCUUUUCCGCCAAACUCCCCCUCUUCCCCCUCCCCUCCUUCUCCCCCACCCCUUUCACGCACUUCAUCCCCAGCAUCCUUAAACAAUUCCUCGCCCUCUCCCCCUCCAUUCCCUGCUUCUUCCUCUUCCUCCUCCCCUUCCUCCUCUCCCUCCUCCUCGCCCUCCUCCUCCUCCUCUCCCUCCUCUGCUUCCUCUCCCCCCUCCCAGCGCUGCUUAUUCGCAGGCCAGCAGCAGCCGUGUGUGUGCCUCUCACAACCAGACCCACCCACUACAACACCACAGCGCAACCAAUCCUCUACUGUUACCGCCGCUGCCACCACUGCUACUCCUGCCACCGCUGCCGCUGCUCCUGCUGCGUCUGCUGCCACUGCCGCUGCCCCUUCUGCCCCUGUUGCCGCUGCUGGACGUUCCUCUCCUGCUGCCGCUACACCCACCGCUGGUGCUUCUCCAGGAAUCCCCUCCGCCACCAUUAGACUCGUUGCUGCGAGUGAACCUGCCCCCUCGUUGCCUGCUCCGGUCGUUGCCAUCCCAGGGUUGCAAGUGUGCCUUGUUACAGGCUCCUUCGGCCCCUGCACUUGCACUCCUGGUGAUCCAAGCAGGCAGGCAGACCCAGAUGCACCUGGGUCCCAGGUGGUCCCACCAACGCCACCACGUCCACCAGCCCAAAGCUCCAGCGUCUCUUCACCAGACCUGUCCCCUGCUGCAGCCACUGCUGCUGCUGCUGCCAUUGGUGCACCAGGCGUCAGCCCCUCUCCCCAUUCUCCCAACUCCUCUGCCACACCAAUCCCCCCUGCCUCCCCUGCUUCUGCUUCAAGCCCAUCGGACCAAUCAGACGAGCUGGCUGCCGCCCUGGUUGCUGCCCCACCCCCACAGCCAAUGAGCGGCCAACAGCUGGCCAUCACAGGCGCGGCGGUGGGCGGCGUGCUAGCAAUAGGGCUCAUACUGCUGCUGCUCUUCGCUGCAGUGGGCUGCUGUGGAGACGUGUGGGGGGGCUUGUGUGGGGGGGUGCGUGGGGCGAGAAAGAGAGGGGACGAGGAGAGUGUGUGGGUGGGUGAGUGGGGAAAGGGAAGCGGCUAUGAGAAAGUUGAGAGGCGCAAUCUGGGGGGUAAUGUUGGAGCGCGUGGGAAAGGGCAGCAGGACAGGGAGGCGAGGAGGAAGACGAGGCGGGGUGGGAGAGAGGGGCGGAGCAAAGUGGAGAGGGAGAGGCAGGGCCCGGAUAGGCCUUGGCACGUCAAGAAACAAGAGCAGCAAGAGCGUUCUGAAGAGAAGGUGCAGCAGCAGGCCGGAGGGAGGGCGCAGCAGCCUGAGGAUAGGGCGCACUUGGGUCUGGGCAGCGGCAUGAGAAUAAAUGAGGGGAGGCAGUUGGUGGCAGAGCAGCACAGAGCAGUGGAGGAGCAGUGUGAGGAGGCGCUUGCAAGCAGCGUCGGCACAGGGAUGGGCUCGGCUGAACUGAUGAGUUCAGGCGUGGAAAGGGGAACGGGCAUGGACAUGGGCACGGGCAGGGGCAUGCGCGAGAGUAGUGGCAUGGGUAGAAGGGGGAGUGGUGCAGCGAGUGCAGUGCUUCCUUCUGUUGAGCAGCACAUGGGAUGGCUGGCAGCACAGGCUAGCUUGCAGGAGAAGGAGGAGCAGCGACAACUACAGCAGCAGCAGCAGCAGCAGCAGCAGCAGCAGCAGCAGCAGCAGCAGCACAUGCCGCAUCCACAGUCUCAGCAGCGUUUGUGGCAGGAGCAGCAGCAGGAGAGGUGCAUCACACAGCAGCAAAGGCGAGGGAGAAGCCACGUGCAUCAUUCAAACCAAGUGCCACAACACCCAUCCUUGGCCCCUUUGCCUGCUGCUACUGAGUUACCUGCAGAAAUCUUAAGUGGCCAGGUCAAGCCAAAUGGUGCAUUAGAGCUAAAAGGGUUGGCCGAGCCAAGGGGUGCGGCCGAGCCAAGGGGCCAGGACGGGUCAUCACUUGCUGAUACUGAGCAGAUAAGGAAGAAGCAGCGAGGCAUGCACUCUGAGGCGGUGGACGGGAGUGGGUUAGGUGCACAGUCAGCAGCAGUUGCAGCCACUGCCAUCACUACUGCCGUGCUGCCAUCGGGGGAGACUGUGGAUGUGGAGCGAGUGGUGAUCGGGCAGCUCUCUCCUGCCCACAUCUCACAGCACAUGGGUCUGCUCUCCCACCUCUCCCACCCACACAUCGUCGACACUCAUGGCUACAAGCUGCUGGCCGGCAACAUCUGUCUGGUAGCCACAGCCCACAUGUCGCAGGGGACUCUGCUCCAGUGGCUCAAAGCCUCCUCCCCUCCUCUGCUGGACUGGCCUGCAAGGGUACAGGUGGCACGGUUGGUAGCCCGAGCUCUCACAUUCGCCCACUCGUGCGAUCCCCCGCUGCCACAUGGCGCGCUCUCCUCACGCCACGUGGCGUUUGGGGCGGACCUCAAGCCACGUGUCGGGGGCUUUGCUGCUGCCAGGCUGAGAAGGCUGGGGCACCGCAGGGCAUUGCAUGGAAAUUCAUCUGAUGACACGGCAGCUGACGUGGCGGAGCACAUAGCAUCGGACAUCCACAGCUUUGGUCUCAUUCUCCUUCAUCUGCUCACCGGCCGCGACCCCUUCCUCUCAUCACCAUCAUCAUCACCACCUUCCGCCUCGUCCUCUUCCCCCACCUUUGCUGCCCUUUCGUCCGAUGCACAGCGGCUGCUGGCUGCAGUGAGUAACGACAGCUGA